UUGACUGUCCGAGACGAUAUUUUUUCAUCAAAGCUCUCACAAAGCAAAGUAUAUUUCAGUGAGAGUGUUUGAAUUAACCAAUUUCUUUAUAUAUUCUUCGGCUUCCAGGGGACAUGGUUUCUCCAGGUGGACUCAAACAAGUUGACCUUGACGAGUUAGCUCAGAACUUCACAGCUUGGCAAAAGGCUACGACUAAGGUAGCCCAAGAAAACAGUGCCCUACAGGUACAAGUGAGAGGACUGACCAAGCAGCUACAGGCUAGUCAGGACAAUGAGAGGGUCAGGAGGGAUGAGAUCAGUGUGCUACAAGGACUUGUGGACAAGUUACAGGGCACAGUGGCUAAAAGAUGUGAUUUGGAAGAUGAGAACAUACAUCUAAAGGACAAGAUUUCCAACCUCCUAGCUGAAAUGGACAAUCUUAAACAGGAACAUGCUAAGGAGUUGUCAGAUGCCAGUCGAACUCUGCAGUCUGUAAAGGAGGAACAUAAGGAGCAACUGAAGCAGUUCAAGGAUAAUACAGCUAAAUUAAAGAGGGAAGAAGGUGCUCUACUGCAGCAGACUGUUCAACAGAAGAACUCUGAACUCCAGCAGCUACAGAAACAGCUGGAGGAUCUGGAGAGGGACAAACACUCACAGAUAGUACAGCUGAAGAUGGCUUAUGACACCAAGUUGUUAAAACUACAGAAACAGACUGCAGCAUUACAGCAGCAACAGAGGGGACCAUCUUCAGCUAACCAUGAAAUCUUCAGACAGAAAUUGCAAGCUCUGAAGAAUCAAAGUGAGCAAGAGAAGAGCACCCUCAAGAGGACCAUUGGUGAACUGCAGCAAAAACUAAAUUCUGUACAACAUAGUCACAGCUUGAAGAGAAGGAAACUGUAGGUGCAUGAAAAAAGGAAAGCCUGAGUGUUACAGUCAUUCUU